AUGAAUCCCGAGGUAACAUUUGAAAUCCCAACUUCUGUUCCACAAAAUGAAGAUUCAUUCCAAGAAUUUUCUAUUCCUUCACCCACAUCCACUUUCUCCACCCCAAUCAAUAUUCCUCCAUGCUCGCAAGUAUCAGUGGGAGUUUCACAAACCCAAACCACCCAAACCCCACUCUUCAUUGAAUCCACAGCCACCAAUGCUACCUUAACUGUUGAACCUCCAGUAAUUGUCAACACAUCUGAUGCGGGGGCAGGUGCUAUGAAGCUCCCGUCACAAAAGGGAAACUCAAGGAAAUCAACAAGAAACUAG